AUGGAUACCAAUCAGUGCGGAGUUCUUCACCCAAACGAGAAGGUUGCUCACUGGAUCAACAAUGGUAUUGGGUCAAACAUCAGGAACACAGACGCCCAGCAACAUGCCAUGCAAGCUCAGAGCUACAAGGAUCUGAUUGGCGAGCUAUUCAAAUCCAAUUCUUCACACUCUCAUAGCUCAGCGGCAUCCUUUGAUCAGCAGGGCCGACCUGAUCAAAUGAGAACCAAAUGA